UGAGUGAGGUUUGCUGUCACCUGGAGAACUUGGCUGAUGAGCACUGUCUGGAAUCUCUGGCCUCCUCACACCCUCACCGCAGCCUGGUGGCUGAGGUCCACCUGCCAAUGCAAACCACCAGCACCAGGCUGCGUGACUCACCCACUCUCCUUUAAAGCCACACCACGUCAAGGCGGUGGCCACUGGAGGAGCCAUGGCUCUCAGCCGCUGCUGCUCCCGCUGGGCACUGUUCUGCUGGCUGGCAGCAUCCGUGGCACAAGGCUGCUUGCUGACUGCAUUUUCCUCUCCGCAGGAGCAGAAGGCUUGGCUGUGCCUUCUGGAGGUGCACAGCUCAACGCUGGCCCCACAGACUGCCAGAUCUUCACGCUCACACCGCCACCUGCCACAAGGAGCCUGGUGACCCGGCCCCAGCCAGUCACGAGGACAUCCAGAUCGCCCUUGCUCUUCUUCCCACAGUGGCCUAGGGUCCCCCCCAGAUUCCCAGGCAGACCUUUCCUCCCUCCGGACUGCAACCGCCACUUCCUGGGACAGCCGUGGUUCUGGCCACGCCGCUGCCUGGCUCCUGGGCGGUAUUUCUGGGGAACACAGCUCAGCGAGGAAAGCUCAUCAGAGGAGACUGAGGAGAGGAAAAGCCUGAGCUUGAGAAGCAGGAGGAGACCUGGCCUCUGACAAGGCCUGGGAAGAGUCCACAUCCUUCUCACAGCCAGAGCUAUGGGAUGAGAACACCAAGCAUCUCGAUGGCCAUGGCUGGAAAUCCUUCUCCCUGGCAGCCUCAAAGACAAUGGAUCUUUGCAAACUAGGGCAGUAACUAUCUCAUUCAUAUCCUACAGGGAAUUAAUGCGAAUAAAAUCCUAAAACUGGAUGUUCCAAUAAUUCUAAUCCACACUGAGAGCCUGGAGAAUCAGCCCUCUCUUCUAAAUCCCCAGCCUAAGAAACUAUUCUGAAAUAAACAUUAGUUGAUCUGUGGUUGCUCAGGACACACUAAAACGGUACCAUUGUGUUAAUUACCUUUUUCACCCUUAUGACAAAAUUCCUGAGAAUAGCACCUGACAGGAGGGGAAACUUUGGCUCACAAAUCCUUGAGGUUCAGUUCAGUCCACUGGUUCCACAGCUCGGUCCUGGUGGAGGUGGAGCAUGUGGUGGGAGGUGAGGAGGAAAGCCGCCCUCCAGAAAGAAGAGGGGAAGAGCCUUCAGGCAGGAGUUAUCUAAGGUUACCACACCCCAUGACUGUUCCCUUCAGCUUCCUCCUCUGUGUAUCCGCCCCAAGGCCACCAUGAGAUGAUGGGCGACCCACCUGGGAAGUCAGCACUCCUGGCCUGAUCACCUCCCCCAAAGUCCACCAGCUAAUCGCAGCCUUUAGCUCCUGAGGUCUGGGGAACACUUCAGAUCCAAGCCAUGGCAGCCAUCUUUGGGCAAAGGUGAGGACGCAGAAAGGUUUGCUCAUGGAUCCCCUUCUGGCUCGGCCCCUGCUCUUUAUCCUGCCCUGCUCACCCACACACACCUAUGUCCUUGAGGCUCAUAGUGCCCUGGCUGCCUGGAACCAGUUGGCUUCAGUUGGGCAUUCUCACCCUAAACACGAGGACUUCUGUGAUUUUUUUGGUCAUUGUUUGAGACAAGUUACCACUGUAGGCCAGGCCGGCCUUGUACUCACAGAAAUCCUCCUGUGUCAGUCUCCCAAGUGGCAAGAUUCCAGGCAGCAGCAUCACACCUGGUUUCAAGGACUCUUGUAGGUGAACUCUUUGAAGUUCUGAACUCUAGCCCCUUCGGAGGCCUUGCUGAGUGAUGGGCAAAGCCCAGGCAGAGAGGACCCGAAAUGAUCCCCUGCUGCAUGCGCUGCAAAGCAGCCUGCUGUCCAGUCACCAGUGAGGCCAGUCCUCUGUGACUUCAGGCGAAGUCACACGGUGCCUGGCCCUGUAGCAGGCGCAGUGAGCAGCCCACCCUUGGGAUUAAGAGUAUGAAAUUCUCUGACUAAGAAAUCAUUUUGUGUCGUUCCUUUGGGUUAAUAAAUUUCACUUUUAAAAUGCA